UUGGCUGAGCCGCCCCACGUGACGCCGGGGUGGCGGCGGCGGUUGCCCGGGUGACGGCUGCAGAGGUGGCGGCCGGGCUGGGUGAGCUCGAGUGUCCGCGGCCGAGCAGCAGAGAUUUUUGCUCUGAGAAUUAAUUACCAGUAACAGUUCAAUAUGGGGGACAUUCUGGCUCAUGAAUCUGAAUUACUUGGACUAGUGAAAGAGUAUUUAGAUUUUGCUGAAUUUGAAGACACCUUGAAAACAUUUUCAAAAGAAUGCAAAAUAAAAGGAAAACCAUUGUGUAAAACAGUAGGUGGAUCUUUCAGAGACUCCAAAUCACUGACAAUUCAGAAGGAUCUUGUCGCUGCAUUUGACAAUGGAGACCAGAAGGUGUUCUUCGAUCUGUGGGAGGAGCACAUUCCAAGUUCCGUCCGAGAUGGGGACUCCUUUGCCCAGAAGCUGGAAUUCUAUCUCCACAUCCAUUUUGCCAUCUAUCUUUUGAAGUACUCUGUGGGGAGGCCGGACAAAGAGGAGCUGGAUGAAAAGAUUUCUUACUUCAAAACCUACCUGGAGACCAAAGGGGCAGCCUUGAGCCAGACCACAGAGUUUCUUCCUUUCUAUGCCCUUCCUUUUGUUCCCAACCCUAUGGUGCACCCCUCAUUUAAAGAACUCUUCCAGGAUUCCUGGACUCCAGAGUUAAAGUUGAAGUUGGAAAAGUUUCUAGCUUUAAUAUUUAAAGCCAGCAACACGCCAAAGCUUUUAACAAUAUAUGAGAAUGGACAAAGUAACAAAGAAAUGUUGCAGCAGCUCCACCAGCAGCUGGUUGAAGCUGAACGUAGGUCAAUGACAUACCUCAAACGAUACAAUAAGAUCCAGGCCGACUACCACAAUCUCAUUGGAGUCACAGCAGAGCUGGUGGAUUCUCUAGAGGCCACAGUCAGCGGCAAGAUGAUUACCCCUGAGUACCUCCAGAACGUCUGUGUCCGCCUGUUCAGUAACCAGAUGCGGCAGAGCCUGGCGCAUAGUGUGGACUUCACGAGGCCUGGGACGGCAUCCACCAUGUUACGAGCCUCCUUGGCACCCAUGAAAUUGAAGGAUGUCCCAUUACUGCCCUCCUUGGAUUAUGAGAAACUGAAGAAGGAUUUGAUUUUGGGGAGUGACCGCUUGAAAGCCUUCUUGUUGCAGGCUCUGCGCUGGCGCUUGACCACAUCCCAUCCUGGAGAGCAGAGGGAGACCGUUCUGCAAGCCUACAUCAGCAAUGACCUCUUGGACUGUUAUAGCCACAACCAGAGGAGUGUGCUUCAGUUGCUGCACUCCAAGAGCGACGUGGUGCGGCAGUACAUGGCCAGGCUCAUCAAUGCUUUCGCGUCACUGGCAGAAGGUCGCCUCUACCUUGCUCAGAACACAAAGGUGCUGCGGAUGCUGGAGGGAAGGCUGAAGGAGGAGGACAAGGAUAUCAUCACCAGGGAGAAUGUUCUUGGGGCCCUGCAGAAGUUCAGCCUCAGGCGCCCGCUGCAGACAGUGAUGAUUCAAGACGGCCUCAUCUUCUGGCUGGUUGAUGUUCUGAAGGACCCUGACUGCCUGUCUGACUACACGCUGGAGUACUCGGUGGCUUUGCUCAUGAACCUCUGCCUCCGCAGCACAGGGAAGAACAUGUGUGCCAAGGUGGCAGGCCUCGUGCUCAAAGUCCUUUCGGAUCUUCUUGGCCAUGAAAACCAUGAGAUACAGCCAUAUGUGAAUGGAGCUCUGUACAGCAUCCUUUCUGUUCCAUCCAUUCGUGAGGAAGCAAGAGCAAUGGGAAUGGAAGACAUCCUACGCUGCUUCAUCAAAGAAGGCAAUGCCGAAAUGAUCCGCCAGAUAGAAUUCAUCAUCAAGCAGCUAAAUUCCGAAGAGCUACCAGAUGGUAUUCUUGAAUCUGAUGAUGAUGAAGAUGAAGAUGAUGAAGAGGACCAUGACAUCAUGGAAGCCGAUCUGGACAAAGAUGAACUGAUCCAGCCCCAGCUCGGAGAACUCUCGGGAGAGAAGCUUCUGACCACGGAGUACCUGGGGAUCAUGACCAACACCGGGAAGACAAGGCGGAAGGGGCUGGCUAAUGUGCAGUGGAGCGGGGAUGAGCCCCUGCAAAGGCCCGUCACCCCCAGCGGCCACAGAAACGGGUACCCAGUGCUGGAAGACCAUCACACACCUCCCCAGACAGCCCAGCACGCCAGAAACGGCCACCCGCAGGCCCUGCCAAACGCUCACGAGGCUGUCUACAGGGAGGGCAAGCCCAGCACCCCGGAGUCCCGCGUCUCCUCUUCAUCAGCCAUCAUCACCAAGCCAGGAGAGUGGCUCCCAAGAGGAUGCCAGGAAGAGCCUCACCCGGCCCCCACGGGGACUCCCCGCCAGCCAAGGGAGGCGCCCCAGGACCCAGGCAGUGGAGAGACCACCAGGGAAUGUGCAUCAGCCUUCACCUACAAGCCCCAGGCCCCCUGCACUCCAGAGAUGCUGGACUGGAACCCACUCAAGGCAAAGGCAUCAGUUCUGGCCCCUCUGUUCUCUCCGUGUGGCCCCCAGCAGGCCAGCCGCCCCGGCUCCACAGCGUCCUCCACAAGGCGCCUGCCAAGUUCAAUGAAGCAGUGGCCCUCCUCUGGCCCUGGCUCAAGGCCAACCAAGACAGCAGGGAUUGGAGGGCUCAAAACCGGUGGUUCCCAAACCUGCCUACAGUUUGAGACUCACCGGGAAUCUCUGGGGAAUGACAGUCUCCUAGGCAGCAUCUCUGCGUGCAGGCUCUGGAAUUGGUCCUGCUGGAUGCUAAGCACCGAAACCUCAACCCGGAACAAGACCAGAACAACCUGAACAACAGCAGGACCAGCGAUGGCUCUCCCUGCUGGAGGAUUCCGGAAGUCACCUGGCUCGACCAAGCCCCUUUCGUGUUCUCUGUGAGCCCACUCCCCAGAGCAGCUAGGCCUGAUGUGCACAAGCAGACUAAUAAAGGCUUGAGGACAAAAAGGGUUUUGAGUGAUAGGUGAAAAAAGAAAGGAGAUAGGGCUGGGCCAACAGACCUUCCCUUGUUGGUGGGAGCCCUCAGAGAUGGGAGGAACCCCAGAGGCGAAGAGAGGGACAUGGUGGGGGCACAAAAAAGGCUUCCAGAGCCACAGCCUGGGCGAAUCCUGACAUGGAGCCCAGCCUCAUACGGCCUCUUUCCCUAGUGGUUGGCUUUGCUCCUGGCCUUAGGUAGCCCAACAGCUGGGCAAGGGGUCUGCCUGGGCAGGGGAAAGGUGCAGGGGCAGAAGGUAGCAGAGGGAGAAAAGGACACCCUGUCUGCCUCUAGCCCCAAAGACAAGUCCGAAUGGGGCCAGAGGGAAAUGGCUGAGCCUUGGGGUGCCCCAGGGUCUUGGAGGGGACCGGGUGUUCAGGUUUCGCACAAGUUCAGGAGGGGCCGGCGACCCCCCCUAACCCCGCCCCGGGAGGGUCCGCCAGGGACAGGCGUCCCUGGGAUUGGAGGUGACCCCCCGUAGGCUCCGAAGCCCCGCCUCGGCCAUGCACUGUCUGCUAGGCGCUCUUGGGGAGCCUAGGGGCCGUCUCGGAGAAAUGGGGUGGUCCCCGCCAGGCGGCGGCGGGGCGGGCCCGGGGCGCCGAAGGGGUUAAGGCACCUGGGCCACCGCCCCUGCCGGCCCCUCCUCCCGCGGCCGGGAAGAGGAAAGUCGCGGCGGGGGCGCGGCCCGGCCUCCGUCCCCUCCCGCGCCUGCCGUCCCGCCGGCCCGAGCCGCGGCGCCCAGAGCUUGCGAGCCGCUCGCCCCUCCGCCGCUCCGGCCCGGGCCGCCAUGUCGUUGUGG